AUGAACGACGGCGACCACGACCGCCCCUCCCGGCCGAGCACCGCCCAUUGGAUCGGCGACAUAGAGUCUACCGAUAACAAACGGCCCGCCACCUCCGCUUCCGCCAGAGGAAGCAAUCUCAAGCCCGAAAACAUCCCUCCACUACACCCGCCCUCCGCCCUCGCCGUGCCCGAGACCAGCUAUUUUGACAGCCCUAGCGGUGAUCUAAGACACUCCGAUUCCCAGGCCGAGAUCGCUGUUCGACAGCACCUGCAAGACAUCGAGUCUAGCUUUGACGCCCCUCUGUCACCCAUUCCCUCGACCAGCAAUGGCUUUGACGAUACGUUUGUCUUCGACUCGCCGUCAAAGAAGCCGGCUGCACCAUUGCCGAAGGCGCCUGCAGAUGAUGCCGACGAGUCGCAGAUGCUACCCGUCCCGAGUCGAACGGCUUCCGGUACAUCCAAUAACGCUGACGUGUCCGAGCUAACCGAGUCUGGCAACGACGAAAAGCAGGAGGAUACCAGCAAGGCGACGCGGUCGUUGGAGGCAUUUUCUUCCUCUCCGACAGCGGCUGCUGCGGCGCGGACGAUAUCGAGAGCCUUUUCCGAGGCCCUCUCUGGUCAUACCGCCGAGCAAGGAAGAACCAGCCCACCACAACGAUCAAGAUUAACCAAUUGGCAGCGGGCAUCAGUCGACACAGGGAGCGUCAACAGCCAGGCGAUGAAGUCUGCCAGCCGUCCCAAGUUCCUCCGGAGUCGAAACGCUAGUCAACGUUCGUCCGUGUCGUCGGCCCUCACCGAUCCUGAGAGCGACAAUACCGUGGGAAUUGGAGAUUAUGCGCUCCAAUCAGGGGGCGCCGUUCCCUCGCUGGGCAUGCCCCGCAAUUUCAACAGCUUUCUCUCCCGGUCUAUCAGCAUGGGCAGCAUGGCUAGCGGAGUUGAUGACAUGCACGAUCACAUCGGGCCCAGCGUCGGUCAACUCGAAACCCUGGACGAAGUCGACUCGAGCCUCUCACCCCAACCACAACCACCACCACACAGACGAGCACCACGUGUCGACGACGAAGAGGAUGACGAUGAUGUGCUGCGAACCCCAACCCAAUCCAAAUCCUCGGCUGCGCUUGCCGCCCCGACCGAUACUGUGCUCGCCCGACAUGUUAGAGACGUACACGUGCCAGAAUCGCUGGCGAAAGAAUACAAGUCCAAGGGGGGGCUGACGACGCCGGGAAGGUCCGUCACGUUUGAUAAUGUCAAUCUUGGGGCGUCCACGACGAGUCGGCAUGGCAAGAGCCUGACGCUCAAGGAGCAGAGCAGCACCAUUGAGCGGCUGAGCAAGGAGAACUUUGACCUCAAGCUCAAGGUUAUGUUUUUGAGCGACCGUCUGGAUAAGCUCUCUGAAGAGGGUAUUAAGGAGAUGAUCUCGGAGAAUGUGGAGCUCAAGACUGGGUUGGCGGUGUUGCAGCGGGAUAACAAGGUGUUGCGGAGGCGGGUGAAGGAGCUGGAGAAGCAAUUGAAGGACGAAGACGAACGGCCGGGGACAGCUAAGAGCGCCGGGUCUGAGGAUGAGGAUGCGCAUGACAGGGAGGAGGAGCUGAUCUACCUGAGAGAACAAAUGGAGGAGUACGUCACGGAAAUUGAGAGGCUACGGAAUGAGAACCUUAACAGGGAAGCGGAGAAGAGAAAGAUGGCCGAGCUUAUCAAGACUUUGGGAGAAAGGGCCGGCGAGAGAAUGGGCGAGAAUCUGGGCCGACAAGAGGAAGCGGAUGUCUGGAAGGAUUUGUUGGAACAAGAGACUGCCAGGAGAGAACAAAGCGACGAGGAUAAUCGCCGGCUACGCGACGAGGUAUUCCGGUUGAAGCAGGAGAUGGCCCAACAAAUGGGGCUACCAACAAGCUCAUCAUCUAGCUUCCACCACAGCAGGAGGCACGCACCAUUCUCACCCGCAGCACGACCACCGACAGCCUCGUUUUCGUCCCAGGAUAUGGACAACGCAACAACUGUGAGUGUCACACUGGUUGAUGACCUACGCCGGGAGAGUGAACAGUUGCGCCACGAGAACGCUGAGCUCCGCCGAGAAGUGGGCGCCCAGACCUCGAUGUUGACGUCCAGGAACCGAGAGAAGGAGCGCUUGUACCAAGAGAUUGAAGAUCUCAAGAUGGCCCAACGACGAGGCGGCCCAGCCCCAUCGACUAUCGACAGUCUCUUGGAACGGUCGGCAUCCCGGGCUGGUGUUCACGAGCGGUCCCAUUCACGCAUUAGCGGCGGUGCCACGACAGUUCUCGACGACCUGGACCGGGAUGAGCUCGAGGAGAAGCUGGCCGAGCUGCGUGACAAGAACAACGAGCUCAAGCUGCAGAAUCAAGAUCUGCAACGAGAGUUGGAUGCCUGCAUGGAAGACUUCGAGACCGCGGUGGAAGCUAAGAAGCAAGCCGAGGAGCUGGUCGCCGCCCUGCAAGAGGAUAUUGACGCCGCUAUGAACGACUUGAUGGCCCUCCAGGCGGAGCGUGACGAAGCACUGCAAGAGCAUGCCAACCUCGAGGCCGAAUUCGAAGCCUUGCGUAAGGAAGCACAAGAAGAGAUUGAUGCCCUGGAGGGAGAAGCAGACCAACGUACCGGCGAGAUCGAGAGACUCCAGCUUGACCUCAAUGACCGCACCGAAAACUUUGACGCCUUGCAGGAAGAGAUGCGUAAGAUGAGCGAUGCACUUGUCAGACUGGAAGAUGAGCAGGAGUCCAAGAUUCGCCGGAUCUCCCAACUGGAGCAAGAGCUCGGCGACGCCAACAGGGAGUUGGAGGAACUCGAGCUUAAGCUGCUCGAAGCCAACGACAAGGCUAACCGCCUGUCGGUGCAGCAAGAGUCCAGCCAGGGCGAGAUUGCCUUCUUGCGAGAAGAGCAGGAGGGAGACAAGAUCCGGAUUGGAGACCUCGAGGCUGCUCUCGCUAAUGUCGAGCAGAGCCUGCGGGAUGAGAAGGAUCGUGCCAGGGAGCUGGAGCAACGUCUCGCUACCGAGAGGAGACAACGCGAGAUUGUCGCCAACAAGGAGAAGGAAGAGGUUCAGCAGUUUGUCAACGAACUCAACCGGGAGGCAUCGACGGCCAAGGACGAGGCUCGGAGACUCCGGAAGAGUCUGUCGAGCCGGGAGGUCGAAGCCACCGAGUGGAAGGAGAGAUUACUGGAGCUCGAAAACAACUUGCGCGAGGCGUUGGGUGACUUGAGCGGUACUAGGUCCAGCUUGCUCAAGGUGGGUCCCCUGGCCGUGACGCUUCGUGGAAGGUCUUGGCUAACGCUUUUUCAGAACAUCGCCAAGAUGCAACGGGAUCUCGAAAACACUGUCCGCGACCUCGACUCUACCAAGGCCUCGCUCGUCGAGAAGGAUCGCAUCAUCAAGCAGCGUGAUGCUCUACUCGAGUCUCACAGCCACGAAACCCGGAAGCUGGCCGAGAUGCUCGACAAGGAGCGGGCCGCCCACCGCAACGUCAAGAACCAGUUUGAGACGUUCCAAAAGACGCACUCUCAUGUCACCCGCACGGUUAGCUCCCAAGAUUCGCGGAUCAUGGAGCUCGAGGCCCAAAAGGCUGCAGACAAGAAGCGCAUCUCUCAGUUGGAGAGCAGCUUCAAGGAGCAGCUUACGGAGCGCAACAACCUGUUGCUCAUUCUCUGGACCCGUCUGUCCACCCUUUGUGGUUCAGAUUGGGCACAUGACAACAGCCUCAUCAACGGGCGUGCCUUGCCCAGUCUGGAGGCUGUUUCGACCAUGCUUCCCGGUUUCAGCAAGAACCUGAUGGCGGCUGUCAAGAUGAUUGAGACAAUGAUUGGCAACUUCCAGACGAAGAUCAAGUCGGUCGAAAAGGACCUCUGGAAAGAGUACCAGACUCUGGAAGGGCUGCUGGAUCAGCGAACCAAGAAGCUCGACAGGCUGGAGUCCAUUGUGCGCAACAACAUUGCCACCGGACAACUCAGUAGCCACAGCCACUCUUCGCGUGACGCGGACAAACUUGCUCGCUUGGAGGAGGCGUACAGACAGCUCAAAGUAGAAUGCCACACCUUGCGGACAGCUGCGGAGGUUAGAGCCCGGCAGGCUUACGCGGCGACUGGUGAUCCGAAUGGGUUGCAUGAUCCCACCUCUCCAGUUGGGGGGAGCCCAUCCCCUUCUGUGCCCACUGGCCCCAAGGCUAAGAGCCGGAUCCCCAAGACGGGCAGCAGGGGGAGUUCGCUUGGACGGACGGGCGCACCUGUACCGUCUCGUUCCUCAAGCCAGUUCCACUCUCACUCGUCGAGGACCCAUCUCGCGGCUGAUGAGUUUGGGAUGCUGUCUCCUGACGGGGGUAGUAAUCCUGCAAACAACAGCAACGGGACUACGCCCCACCACACGGACAAUGAAGCUCCUACCUCACCACUACAUCAACAGGACAAGACACCGAGGGAGAGCUUGACCAACCAAGCAGCUGGUUCUAAUACGGCUUCGGUUGCUGGUUCACAAGGUGGGACGGGGCAGUCGAUGGAGAAUAAAUGGAUGCUGAGACUACGGGAUCUGGAGUAUAAGCUUUGUUUCGCCCCUUUUGAGGAAGGUCGGGUAUUGGAC